AUGCGACCCGCGCUGUAUUUGCUACUCGCCAUCUUCGUCCUCCUCAGCGCAAGCACUGAUGCCUUCUCGUCAACAACUUCAUCGGACAAGAGGCCACUGUCCCAGCUGAGCCGGGGCAGCAAGCAACUACAUGUAACUCGUGUACACGCUGCCGACAUUAUGGAAAGAAGCAAAAAGACUGCGGUUGUCGAGGGUGAAGACGAACGGGGAAUCUUUGUGCACUUCGAGAUGUUUAUUGCCCAGAUCAAGGCAAAAAUCCACGGGCUCUUAGUCCGAAGGUUCGAGCACCUAGACUCUCGAAAUAUUACACCCGAUAAGCUAGCGAAAGACUACCAGAUUGGAACUAUGGCAGCACUAGCCCGGAGCAAGAGAUUUAUCAAGCUGUACGCGGACUGGUACCGGAAAAGACACCCGUCUUGGGUCCACCCCAAGAUUCCGCCAGACUCUUGCGAUGGACCAACAUGCCUUAACGCGCAGACCCAAACGUACCAACGCUCGCCAUGUCGUUCCCCGCGCACAAAAUUCGCGGUACAGGUGCGCCACUGCCUUCUUCCUCGACUGGCUUCUGCGUGCACGGGGUCGUGA